AUGAAGGCACAGCGUGUUUCCCUCCAGCUCGUGGCUGCCAUGCUCUUCCUGUGCUCGGUGCGUGGCCGCGGUCUUCGGAGAUGCCUGCUUUCCAUGGACAUACACCAUAUAGAAGAGAGUUUCCAAGAAAUCAAGAAAACCAUCCAAGCUAAGGACACCUUCCAAAAUGUCACCAUCUUGUCCACGUUGGAGACCCUGAAGAGCAUUAAGCCCUUAGAUGUAUGCUGUGUGACCAAGAACCUCCUGGCUUUUUACGUGGACAAGGUAUUCAAGGACCAUCAGGAGCUGAACCCCAAAAUCUUGAGAAAAAUCAGCAGCAUUGCCAACUCUUUUCUCUACAUGCAGAAGGCUCUGCAACAAUGUCAGGAGCAGAAGCAGUGUCACUGCAGGGAGGAAGCCACCAAUGCCACCAGAAUCAUCCACGACAACUACAGUCAGCUGGAGGUCCAGUCAGCAGCCAUUAAGUCUCUGGGAGAACUUGACGUCUUUCUGGCCUGGAUUGACAAGAAUCAUCAAGGAACUUCUGCUGCCUGA